GCGCUGAUGUCAUCCAUAAAAUUUACUUGCUGUGGCCUAAACUGGCUCAACUGGAUUUUUCAUACCAUUUGUCUCACUUGCCUGCCCUGUUGAGUCAUUUUGUCUGCGUCCGGCUCCACAGACGGUUCACAGCACAACACAUCAUGAUGCCCAAGGCUCUUCUGGUCGCCCUUCUGAUUGGCGUUGCCAUGGCAACUCUCGACCUUGAUGUCCCGGAUGUGGAGCUAGAACAGGCUGUCGCGGUGAGUCCUGAUCUCAAAGCAGAUAAGCGAGGGCAGGUGACGGUGGAAAUCAGCGAUGGCAUUACAGACAAAUCCGCGGUGCCGGCUUCAAUGUGCCUGCCUUGCAGCAAAGAAAGCGAUUGCGAAGCAGAUGUAACCUUCUGUAAUGACGGCCGAUGCGAAGAUUUUAGCCACGACUGUACCUGUGAGGGAGACCACUGUAAGGUGACGGACAUGUGGGAGAAGUAGACCAGAGCCACGGCAACAGUCGAGGUCCGCACACGGCGGUCUGGUUAUGCCUGACACGAAGAUAUAUCAUAAUCAUACAAAAUCAUUUACUGAUUUGAAUAAAGAUUUCGUGCAGGAGA